AUAUGCGAUGCCAAGCCUUGGAUUCUGCAGAAUCCAUAGAGAUCCGUAAGAAAUGAUCCAUUACAAUACCACCUCUUAUUCUUGUACCCCGCAAGCCCCAUCCUCAAUUCCUAAAUAAUCCACCACCUAAUAAUAAUGUCAAUAUAACCAUACUUCUACUUAAUCGACGCCAGCGAAUUCACCAUGGCCUCCUCCUCAUCCAUUGUCCUUGUUCCAGGAGCAUGGCAUACACCAGCCUGUUUCGACCAAUUCCGCUCAGUACUAGCUGAGCUGGACUUGUCAACCAUCGCAGUAGCCAAUCCGUCAGUAGGAGAUAACACCGUCUCCAAAACGCUGACUGACGACGUGGAAAACCUUCGAUCUGUGCUUAUCCAAUUGAUCGAACAAGAAGGCAAGCCGAUUACCGUCGUAGCACACUCGUAUGGCGGGAUGGUCGCCUCUGGCGCGGUUAAAGAUCUGGGCUACGCACAACGAAAACGCGCGGGCAAGAGAGGCGGUGUCACUAUGGUUGUGUAUCUCGCUGCUUGUGCGCUUCCUGAGGGUAUGACUGUUGUCCAGAGCUGUGGGGGAAGCCCAGCGCCGUGGUGGGAGUGCAAGGACGGCCAAAUCUUCGCCAACGAUCGUACCAUCAGCAACCCAGCCCACGCACUCUACAAUGACCUACCACCGGCGAUGCAGGAACACGCAAUCUCGCAACUGCAGCCUGUAAACGCGGCAUCUUUCGAAAUGCCAAACUCAUACGAGCCAUGGAGGGAUAUACCCUGCACAUACAUCUUCGCCGAGCAAGAUAAUUGUGUUCCGCUGCCUGGGCAGCAGUAUUUUGUUAGCUUGAUGGGGGAUGCUGUUGCAACCGCGAGCCUGGAUACCUCCCACUCCCCGUUUCUCAGCAAACCUCGUGAACUGGCUGCGCUGGUACAGAGGGCGGUUCGGGAUGGGUUGAAGAGGUGCGGGGGAUCUUGAUUGAAGUUUUUUGUUUUCUCAUCUCAGUGGCGAGUCUCUCUACAAAGCGAUUAGCAUAU